AUGGCUGAAGCAGUGCCUCCAACCAAUGAAUCGCAUAGUAUUAACGACAAUCUUGAAACAUUCAGUCUUGUUUGGCUCGAUGAUAGAACUAGCACCACUUGUGAUGAAGGCGAAAAUAUGAAUAAAAACAUGCGUUCGAUCAGCAAACAUCUUAUAGCAUUUCAAAAUGAAGACACUUGCCAAGAAUAUAUUGGGAAACGGCCCAGAAGAAGAUCGAAUCAUAUUGAAUACUUACACUGGUGUCUCGUAUUCAUCAAUUACAGCAAACUUACGCAACUUAUAUUUAUUGUCAAAACACGUUCGUCAACAGAGAAUGAUUGCAAAAUUUUCUAA